ACGUAUUUCCUGUCAGAUCAUUUUUGGGAGUGGCAUCAGGGCUUGGGGAACAUUAGACCAAACUAUUCCAUCUACUUCUACUUCCAGACAGAGAAGAUGCCUUUGUUGUGCGGAGGGACCACCGAGGCGAAGGACGCCAAUGAAGAAGUGCAGAAGAUCUGUGAUGAGAUGAAGGCUCUCGCGGAGGAAAAAGCCGGAAAAAAGUUCAGCACCUUCACUGCUAAAUCUUACAAGACACAGGUGGUAGCUGGGACGAACUAUUUCAUCAAGGUCCAUGUGGGCGGCGAGGAGUUUGUUCACCUGCGUGUCUAUAAGAUGCUGCCAUACGCUGGAGAAAAACUGGAACUUCAUGGAAUACAGACACCCAAAGCCCAUCAUGAUCCCAUUGAAUACUUCUAAGACUGACCGUACCGCUGAAAUUACUACUGUACAGCAGAGAAGCAGUAAUAAGGCUUACUAAACAGGGGUAGUGCUUGAAAUUGUGUAACAUUUGGCAUGUUACUUGCUUCAAGCUGACAAAGUUGUAAUUCCUGAACUGACGAACAUAGCUGAUUCUUUUAUUAGAUAAAAAUAUAUUGUGUUUACAUUUACAGUCCCUUUUUCAUAAAUGAUCAGCAGUUACAGAGAACAUAUGAAGUGGUACUUGCUAUUUUCUAUAUCUACAAUAUGUUUUCAUGUCCUCAUUAAAAAAUGCAACAGUUGUAAUGAUUGAAAAAUUGAUGGAAAGAAUAAACAUUGAUGCAUGAAAAAGAAGAAUAA